AUGCUUGCCAGGUCUGCCAGCCGUGCUCUGCUGCAGCCUGCACGUCGCAUCAGCCGACUCCGCCAAUGCACUUCACCAAGGAUCAAGACUCCCUCACGGCGACUCGCCACUGUCGCGCCAACGAUACCUGCGUCUACCGAUGACCUAGAACUCGUCGCGCUUUUUGACCAGCCCCAAGGCAGGUCUGCCUUCGCCGGACCCUCCUCGACUGGAAUCUUCCAACACUCGCAACUGACGACUCCCGCGUCCUUCACCGCCCUCGCCGACUCCACCCUCGUCCGAGCACAGCUGCUGACAGAACGCAUAAUACGCGCCCGGGACAACCGACAUGAGCUAGGAAAGGUCGUCAAGAACUUGGACAGACUGAGCGAUGCACUUUGCGGUGUCAUCGACCUCGCUGAGCUCGUCAGAAAUGCACACCCGGACGCGGAGUGGGUCGAGAGCGCGAACACGAGUUACGAGAAGCUGUGCGAGUUCAUGAAUGUUCUUAACACGCAUGUUGGUCUUUACGAGGUGCUACGUGAUGUUCUUUACAAUCCAGAGCUCUCCGCAGCGCUCAGCCCAGAAGCUCGCGAGACUGCUCUCAUCUUCUGGCGAGACUUUGAGAAGUCUGCCAUUGCCCUUUCGCCCGACAAGAAGGAACGCUUCGUGUCUCUCUCGUCCAACAUUCUCUCUGUUGGCCGAGACUUUGUCAAUGACUCCUCUUCUCCGCGUCCGCCAGCGUCCAUUAUGGCGUCCGAAAUUGCUGAUCUCAAGGACAAAGGGAUGGGUUCUAGGCUUCGGCGACAAGCUCUCUUCACUCAGAGGGAGCUCCUUGUUUACCCUGGCUCGCACCAAGCGCAUAUGAUAAUGCGUUCUGCACCCUCAGAGGAGCCUCGGAAGAAGGUAUACAUCGCAAGCCACACCAGCACACCGGAACAGGUUGCUCGGCUGGAGACUUUGUUGCGUUUGAGGGCAGAGCUUGCUCAGCUGGUCGGUAGGGAUAGCUACUCGGGGAUGGCACUGAGCGAUAAGAUGGCAAAGUCACCGGAGAAUGUGAAGCAGUUCUUGGACACCUCGCUAGAGCGCACAGGCGUGUCCGCGAGGCGUGCACUGCAUGCGCUGAGCGUGCGGAAGCAGGCUCAUUUGAACGCUUCAACACUACCUAUCAUACAGGCUUGGGAUAGGGACUUCUACUGCCCACCAGAACCACGAUUGCCUCCUGUUGCCCUUCCACCUCUAACACUCGGCCGAACGAUCAUGGCAUUAUCACGGCUGUUUAAACACAUGUAUGGCAUAUCUCUACGACAUGUCAAGGUAGAACCAGGAGAGGUGUGGCAUUCUGACGUCCACAAACUCGAAGUUGUCGACGAAGAUCACGGUGUCAUUGGAUGGAUCUACGCCGACCUCUUCGCCCGACCAGGUAAAGCGCCAGGUGCUGCACAUUACACCGUUCGCUGCUCCCGGCGGACAGAUGAUGACGAUGAAAGUGGGGACCUUACCUUUGAUGGUGCUGACAACUUUCUUCGCUUGUCUCGAGACUUUGAGGCUGCCAAGAGGCAUCGAAUCCGUGGCCGGGAAGGAGAAUAUCAGCUCCCGCUCGUCGUGCUUUUGUGUGACUUCUCGCCUCCAACAGCGGCUCGCGGUGCCACCACUAUCGACUGGCCAGACAUCAUGACAUUCUACCACGAAAUGGGUCAUGCCAUGCACUCCAUGAUCGGCAGAACGGAAUACCACAACGUCGCCGGGACGCGCUGUGCCACCGACUUCGUCGAGCUGCCUUCCAUCCUUAUGGAACACUUCCUUACCUCGCCCCGCGUACUAUCCCUCUUCGAAACCGACGGGUCCUCGAUCGCCAACCAGACUGCCAACCACCACGAAGACCCGUGCCACCACAUCGACGACCACACCAACGUCCUCCUUUCCAUCCUUGACCAGAACUACCACUCCACCGCCGUUCUCGACCCGAAGUUCGACUCGACCUCUGUCCUCGCCAACUUGCAGAAUUCGCGUGGGUUGAUACCGCACGUUGCCGGAACCUCGUUCCAGACGCAAUUUGGACACCUCUUCGGGUAUGGCGCGACAUACUACUCGUACCUUUUCGACCGGACGAUCGCAUCUCAGGUCUGGCGGAGAGUUUUCGUACAGGAUCCUCUGAACCGCGAGACAGGGGAGAAGUAUAAACGUGAUGUACUCAGCUUCGGUGGAGGGAAGGAUCCUUGGUUGAUGCUCAGCACUUUGUUGAAUGCACCGGAGUUGGAGACGGGCGAUGCUGCUGCCAUGCGCGAAGUGGGAGAGUGGCGAUUGGCGAGCGACGACGUGAUGCCUGAACGUCAUUAAUCGAUUUCUUCUUGCUUGAUGUUCCCUGUUCCUAGAUAGAGAGCCCAGCAGAUUAGAUGCUAUAAUAUUAUAAGAUCCAGAUAACAAAGUGAUAGCGAUACAAAAU